AGUUCCGAGUUACUUACGAAUAGAAAUGUUCUUAAUUUUUCAAAUACACAUCAAUUUAAAAAUGUAAAAAAGAAUUAUAGGAUAAAUGAAAUUUUCGCAUCGAUUUACAUUCACGUCGAAGAAUAUAACGAUACUAGCAGCUGACUCGGUGUGCCUCGUGGGUACAUAACCUUGCUACAAACUGUAAGAACAAUAGUUUUGAAAAUUAUGUGAUUUUACUAUUAUAACAUAAAUUGUAUAUGUCUUAAUUGGGUUGUUACAUAUCGCAUAGUGAUCCGUUACAAAUCUAUUUGAUUACAAAAUAAUCAAUCAUGGCAAAGGGUCAUAAACACAUGAAGCAUUUAAAGUCUGAAAAAGCUAAAGUGAAACUGAAAGCGAAAAAAACAAAGCAAUUACCGAAGGGAUUAAAUGUCACGAAUCCGACGUUCAAAGUUAAAAAAAUUGUAAUACGCGAACAAUUGAAACGCCACAAUGACACAGAAAUUCUUAGUAAAAGAAAGCUUAAUGUUAAAGAUUUACUGUCACGCCUUCAACAUCAUAACUCAACAGUUCGACAAGAUGCUGUAAGAGAACUGAAAGAUAUGUUGUCACAACAUUCUUUAGAUUUACUAAGUUCACAAUUUGGAUCUCUUCUGCAAGGCAUUUGUGCAUUAUCGCUCGAUAAAGAGAGAAACAUAAGGCAUGAUUCCUUGAAAGUUUUGAGUUUAAUCCUUAGUCCAGUAUCUAAUGAUCAACUUAGUCCAUAUUGUGAAGUUUUGAUUUCAUAUUUGAGAUGUGCCAUGACACAUAUAGAUCCUCGUAUUAAAGAAGAUGCUCUGCUCUUCUUAGAUGUACUUGUGCAAAAUUGUAGUAAUAUCAUGGCAAGAAACAGUAAUAAAGUGCUGCCAAAUUUUUUAGAUAUGAUCUCUAGAUUACAUACCGAAAUGAAACCUGGAAGACAAUUAACAACAAGUUUAAAUUCCAAAACUACUAAUGUUAAAUGGAGAAUAAAAGUACUGGAACGACUUGCUUCUAUGUUUAAUUCUAUUGUGAGCUUUUACAAAUCACAACAAGCUGUUAAUUUAAAUGUGACUACACGUGUUGUGCAUGUAAACAAAAGUAUUAGAUAUAUUCCUAUUUAUUUGAAUACAAAUUUUCAAAACUGUGAAAUUGAUUUUGAACAAAGCAACGUUUUAAAAGAAAGUACUGCAGAAAAAACUUUAGAUGCGGAAGAACUUAUGAAAUACGUGGAAGUAUUAAUGCCUCUUAUUUUUGAUAGUUGGAUGGAAGUUUGUCCAGAUGAAAAAAAUUUAGACAAUUCUGCACUUUUGAUUUCUACAGAAGCAUUAGAAUUAUUGAAAAGUGCUGUAGAAAUUAUACAAUCAAUAAUUGAGUGUAUAAAUAUACUACAUACUGAGUGUGAUAUAAAUAUGAAAUAUUGGUUUAAAAGCAAUUUUCAGAAUAUUUUUAUAAAAAAUUUACUUUCAAAAUUUCCUUAUAAUAAGUUAGCUGCAACUGGAAAUUUGCUUUCAUCAAUACGAAAUAGAAAACGUCAAGGAGAUUUUUCUAUAGAGGAAUCAUACGAUAUGUGCUUAGGACAUAAUCUAGGACUUUGCCAUAUUUAUAUAUGGUUUACAUCAAUACAUAACGAUGAUAGGGCCAUAUCUAAAUUAAAUAAAGAUUAUAGUACAUCUGUAAUUAAGUACUUAAAUGAAAAACUUGAAAACUGGUCAAGCGCAAAUAGUAUUGUAUUACCACAGUUGAUCAAGCUUUUGAGAACGUUAUUCUUGAAAGCAAGUAAAAUUUGGUACAGAAAUCAUUUUGAUCUCGGUGAAACUCUACAAUCAGUUGUAAAUGCAUGUUGUAAUCAAUCAAAGAAAGAAAUGCAAUUACAAUUAUUUUCUCUCAUUAGUGAUAUUAUGUUAGAUCAUACUUUACAUGAAUUACACAGGGAAUGCGCAUUUAAGGAAUUUAUUUCAACUGUGCCGAAGCUUCUUUUAAAGCCAAAAAUACAUGAAAAUACAAUACAAAUAAUAAACAAAGUUGUGCUUCGUUACAGAAAUUGGAUUCAGGAGGAACUUGUAGCAAAUCAUAAUGACAUUUUAGAAAAUGCUAAAAAAAUUGAAAUUAUUGGAUCGGAAGAUCAGAAACAAUCUCGUCUUAUGAUAUGUAAUUUGUUUUAUUUCUUAGAUGCUCAAAUCUUUUAUUAA